UGGAUGAGUAUACAAAAACUUAUACACGUAUAAAAAAUAAAGCCCAAAAUAAAAAAAAAUAAAUUAGCGAAGCAGCACAAUCUUCCAUUUUCGCACUUUCCUUCUCUUCCCCUCCAUUCCCUUCCCCCACAUUAUUUUCUCUCAUUCAACAAUGGAAUUUCUCCCCUUGGCCGGGAUCCUCGUUUCACGAUCAACUCAAUCCGUCAUCAUCACCACCGUAUCUUCUCCUCUCUCCGUCUAGCCGCCGUUUCGAUCUUCCUUUUCUCCAUUUCCUGAAAGUUUUCUAUGCAUUGAAGACAGGUUCUGUGGGUUGGCUUGUGGAUUUCCGUUAUUGAUUCGUUUUUUGGGAAAAAGCGAAGACGAUGGCGUCGAGAGGCGACCAUCAAACUGUACCUUUAUCGGUAUUGUUAAGAAGGGAGCAAAACAGUGAGAAAAUUGAAAAUCCAGAACUUUCUUAUGGUCAGGCUAAUCAAAGCAAGAAAGGCGAGGAUUUCACGCUUUUAAAAACUGAAUGUCAACGAAUUGUUGGAGAGGGUGUCGCCACUUUUUCAGUUUUUGGGUUGUUUGAUGGACAUAAUGGAACCGCAGCUGCAAUAUAUGCCAAAGAAAAUCUUUUAAGUAAUGUUUUAAAAGCGAUACCUACGGAUCUUAAUCGAGAUGAUUGGGUAGCUGCUCUUCCCAGGGCUCUGGUUGCUGGAUUUGUCAAAACUGAUAAAGAGUUUUUGGAGAAAGGACAUGCAUCGGGAACUACUGUUACCUUUGCGAUUAUUGAAGGAUGGUCUAUAACUGUAGCAUCUGUCGGGGACUCUCGUUGCAUUUUUGAAUCUGCUGAAGGUGAUAUAUUUUGCUUAUCAGCUGAUCACAGGCUUGAAAGCAAUGUUCAAGAGCGAGAACGUGUCACCGCUUGUGGGGGUGAGGUUGGUCGGCUUAACACUGGUGGUGGAACAGAGAUUGGUCCAUUGAGAUGUUGGCCUGGUGGCUUGUGUUUAUCUCGAUCCAUUGGAGAUAGGGAUGUCGGUGAGUUUAUUGUUCCGGUUCCUUAUGUAAAACAAGUGAGGCUGUCAUCUUCUGGUGGUAGGCUUAUUAUUGCUAGUGAUGGUGUAUGGGAUAUUUUAAGUUUUGAAUCAGCACUUGAUUGUUCUCGUACGAUGUCAGCAGAUGCAGCAGCUGCUCAGAUUGUGAAGGAAGCGGUACAGUUGAAGGGUCUCAGGGAUGAUACUACAUGCAUUGUUGUUGACAUUUGUCAAUCAGAGAAGAAUAUUCCUUCUAUGCCUGCCCCGAAAAAAGCAGGAAAAGGGGUAUUCAAGGCCAUGUUCCGAAAGAAGGCAACUGAGUCGACAUCUCAAACUGAAAAAGAGUAUAUGGAACCAGAUGUGGUUCAGGAAAUUUUUGAAGAUGGAUCUGCAUGUCUAGCGAGAAGGCUUGAGACCAAAUAUCCACUUUGCAAUAUGUUCAAAUUGUUCAUGUGUGCAAUUUGUCAAGUUGAGAUUAAACCAGGAGAUGGUAUUUCAAUACAUGCCGGUUCUUCUAAUCGAAAAUCUCGGCCUUGGGAUGGCCCUUUCUUGUGCCAAAGCUGCCAGGAAAAGAGAGAAGCAAUGGAAGGGAAAAGACCUUCUGGAAAUAGAUAUCACAGCGACAGCGACUAGCUGGGUAUAACAUCGGAAAAUAAGUUUGCGCAUUCCGUUUGUUCUAUUCCAGUGAUAUGAAAAGUAAUUGAAGUUUGUCGGUUGAAUUCAUCCUUUCCAACUCACAAAGAAGUUGAAGCAUAAUGGUUUGCUACUUGGAUCCCUUCAAUCCCUGUUUGUUCUUUCAUGUCAGAAAUCUCAGAUUAGAAGUAACCAACUUAACGUAGCAUCAUCUUCUGACUGGUGAGUGUUUAAGGUAUAUGUCGAUUACACGAAUCUCCCCUCCCUUGGAAACAAUGAUGAACCUCUUUGAUUCCUGCUUGACCAAAGGGAAAGAAUCAUCUGUUUCCGCCUCUUUUGUGAAACGCAGCUGUAUACAUUCAUACAAAGAAUCGCCAUUGUAUACUAUUGCAAAGGGGAUUCGGCUGUACUAUAUAGGACAUACAAAUAGGAUUCAAUAUAGAUCAAAAUUUGUUCUAAGAUUUAGAAUUUCUGCUAAUAUAUUCUUAAUCAACUAGUGAAAAUGGUUAAUUCUAAUAGUAAGUUUGUGGUUUUAUCAAAAUUUAGAUCUCUCCCGGUACAUGUUUGUUGAUCUGCAGUUGUUAAUCAUAUUACUUGAGGUUAAUUAUCUGUGAUUUAAUGUAAUCUAUCGCGUGAUUUAAGGAUGGGUGUCGGUUUGGACAUGUGCAAUCAUUUUUUGUCUACUAAGUUGUUGAUAAAACUUUUCUAAACCAUUGACAAUAGAAGUAAUUCAUUUAAAUUUUUUUUGGGUUUUCUUUAUAAUUGUAUAGCUUGUGGAUUAUUAUUAUCGUCAAUUACCCACCUUAUUGGGAACGUGUACAACACCCAUUGCCAGCUGUAGAUUAUUGUUAUUAUUAUUAUAGUAAUGAAUAAAAUAUAUUUUUGGAGGACUAACAUCCAUCAACAUAAUGUGGACGAAUAGGGUCAUUUUCCCCCUCUUGCCUUGGAUUCUUGUGUAAAGCCAUAAAGGUGUGGUGGCAUAGGGCCGUGUUGUGCUUUGGUACUGCUAUCUUAUAGUUACUCUAUUAGAGAGGUUAUUUACGGUGAUGCGAUUAAAAAAAUGAGUAAUAUAUAUUAACCUAAAUAUAAGUCAUGUUUUUUAUUAAGAUUGUGUUUGCACAAUAAUUUGUGGCUAUUUUA